AUGGCCAUGACAGGUCGUCCAUGGCGGGUGUCGCGUCAACCUCUCAAGGAAUGGGAAUAUCUAAAGAUACAAAUUUACGGUGCCAUUCCCACUGACCGACCCAACAUGUCAGAGCUGACAUUCCGCAUGUCGAUUCAACAAGCACUCCAGUUGACUUUUGGGCUUUCUGGGGCAUCGAUUGUGAUUGAUGUAUUGGACUGGGACGAGCAUAGUAGCACUGGUUAUAUCAAAAUUCUCCAAAGUGAGCUUGUUACGGUGUGGAAUGCCUUGAUCCUCCAUCAAUUUCAAAUGAACAACAAGUCUUAUUCAAUACAAGUACUGGGAUCCUCAGCGAGUUUGAUCAGUUUAAUGGAUGAUAGUCGUCGUGUACAGCAACAGCAAUAA